AUGGCGGAGUGGACCGCGUCCGUCGCGGCGUUGUCCAUCUCGCUGUUCAUCAUCGCCGGGUUCUUAGAGGUCGGCGGCGGGUGGCUCGUGUGGCAGGCCGUGCGAGAGGGGAAACCGUGGUACUGGGCCGCGGUGGGGUGCUGGAUGCUCGUCGUGUACGGGUUCAUCCCGACGCUGCAGCCGAUAGACGACUUCGGGCGGCUGUACGCGGUCUACGGAGGGUUCUUCAUCGUCCUCAGCUACGUGUGGGGGUACGCGCUGGACGGGUUCAAGCCGGACGUUGGGGACUACGUCGGCGGGAGCAUCGCGCUCGCGGGGGUGAUGCUCGCGCUGUUGUGGCCGCGAGACGGCGGCGGGCUCGAGCCGGACGCGGACAGCAACUUCGUCUGA